CACCCAUUGAUCUCUAUUCUCAAUUGUCUGUCAUCCCCUGCCAUUGUGUGAGAAACAACGACGACACAGUAGCUGUGGCAUAUUGUCUAUCGUCUUCAUGUUUUGUUUUACUUAUGCGUUGGUUUACGAUCGUACUACUGCUAAGUUAGGGCAGGUUCAUGUUCAUUCAAACUGCUUGAAUAGAAAAAUUCAUCUCCACUUGCCAAAGAAUUCCAUUGUUGGUAGUCCUCUGUUUCCUAGUCAUACUUUGAAAACGAAUCAGUUGAGAGUCGUGAAGAGUCCACAUCAACUGAACACUCAAACAACGUUUUUGAGAGCAUCCUUGGAAACCAAUAAGGUUCAUACCAAGGAGAUCUUUAUGCCAGCUUUGAGUUCUACCAUGACAGAAGGAAAAGUUGUCAAGUGGCUGAAGAAAGUAGGAGAAAAGAUUGAAACUGGGGACAUUGUCAUGGUGGUAGAAUCGGAUAAAGCUGACAUGGAAGUGGAAGCUUUUGAUCCUGGUUAUUUGGCAGCUAUUUUAGUGGAUGAAGGAGGCAGUGCUCCAGUUGGCAAGACUGUUGGUUUAGUGGCAGAAAAGUUGGAAGACAUUGAAAAAGUAAAACAAUGUGGCUUGGACUGUAUUGACUCAGGUUCAUCUUCAAGACAUGACGGAACAACUGCUUUGGAAACAGUAGAGUUCUUUGACUCGAAAGAAGAUUCUGACUUUGAGCAAAGGUUUUCUUCGAAUGGCUCUGCAGAGCAGAACGCUAUGAAACUACCCGAACACGUUCCGAUAUUGAUGCCAACACUAAGCUCAACCAUGACAGAAGGAAAGAUAGUACAGUGGCUAAAGAAAGAAGGAGAUUAUGUGAAAAGUGGCGAAAUGAUAAUGGUUAUUUAGCACAUGUGCUUUAUCCAAACGAAAGUA